CACAGAUCACUUUAGAAAAGCACUGUCUAGCUGAGGCAGCAGUAGCUACAGCAGCUUUUUUAAAAUUAUUUAUUCGAUCUUUUUUUAUCAUCGUGUCAAGAACUACGCAACACUGUUCUUUGGCAUACGCAGUCACACUGCCAAAGCAGCCCGUGAAAAGAACAACAGAGAUAGGGGACCAGCUAGCUAAUUUGCUGGCUAAAGAACGGAAUGGCUGGAUUUCUAAAGACAAGAAAACGCAGUCGUGAAGAUGACCUGCCAUGCGAGUCCACGCCCCUCUCCAAGCGAAUCAACAAUCUUCAUUUGAACUACGACGAUGGGAACAGCAGCAGCAGCAGCAGCUGCAGUAUUCCGACUCAGAUAAAUGACCACAACAAUUACAAUACAGUGCCUGUGAUCGCUGGUGGACCUGCAGCUGGAGCCACAGCCGUCGCCACACCAGCAGCAGCAGCGGCGGCGGCCGGGGCUACUAAUUCGAUUGAUAUCCUAAAUGGAGACGGAACCAUAUAUGGAUACAAUCCGGAGCUAAGUGCCGACCAAAAUCCCUAUUACUAUGAUAAGAACAAAAUGCUAUAUGACCUGCAUGUCGAGCGUGCCAAGCGAAACACUCACUAAACUUAGUAUGUAUAGGCAGAAUGAUUAGGAUGGACUUUUGGCAUGCUGUCUGAAACUUUAAAUAAACCGAUACACAACACCACUUAUAGCUUCAAAUACACACUUUUUGCAGGGAUAAUUGCACUUGCCAUAGCACGCAAGUUCACACACACCCACCUACACACAAACACACACACACACACAAUCAAUCAAAUACAAGAGAAAAGAGUGCCAAUCGAAGCUCAGAUUGCAUGGCCAAGUCCGAACUUGUAUCGUUUUGUAAUUGUACUGUUAUGGUAGUUAUUAAUAAUAAUGUUAUUCUGUGUGUGGAGUGACGACCCACGGACCCAAGCUGCUCAUGUAAGCUUAAAUCGCUAAGAACUAAGACAAAAUAUACAUCUAAAUUUUCCAUUCGUUCACAUUUAGUCUAAGCAUUUAUUGUAUGAUAGUUCAUUUAGUUGUAACCAAGUACAUAUAUUAAGAUUUGAGAAGUCGAAAGUUUUUUGAAUUUUGGCGCUUUGACAGUGUCAUGUAACAAGUCUUGCGACGUCCAUCAUUUUGCAGCACUGACAUUAAAUAGUUAGUCUCGUAUCGGAGAGGAGCGUUUAUAUAUGUCUUCAAAAUAUAUCCAGCAAUCAAAUUCGUUAUAUAUCAAAAAUGUAAUACAAUCAACAAAUUAUGAAUUGUGAAAUAGAUGUAAUGAAAAUAUACAAAAAUA